AUGUCAUCCCAUGACAGCCAUCACACCUCUGACUCUUCCAAAACCACCAUGGCAGAAAUUCUUCGUGUGAGAAAUCGUCUUGACCAACUCAUUUCCAACAACAACCCAUCUCAUCGUUUUGUUUCUGUCGAUGACAUGUAUUCAGAGAGCGAGAAAAAGUUUUACAUGUACCUCUCGGUCAAGAUUAGAUGUCAAAAAAAGAGUAGUGAGUUGAAAAUUGAUCAAUUUGAUGCAAGACGAUUGAAACAUCGAGAAACGAAAUUUCCAAAUGAAGUCUAG